AACAGUAUCUCCUGGCCAUAGCGGAGCUCGUCUCGCUACAUGAACAUCUUGCAUCCAAAUGAGCCAUUCAUUCGUGUGCUCACCAGCUAGAUGCGUCCUGGCACCGAGACCCUAAUCAUCAAGGCCGCUAAUCAUCGUAACUGGAACCGUUAGAGCAUACUCACCAUGAAACGUCGCAUACCUAUAUCUUUGUUGCGGCUCUGCGGCAACAGAGAAGGGAUUGAAACAGUGACAGCUUUAACCGAUAACGAUGAAAACUCCAAGUCGCCACCUCUCAUCUUCGCCUAAGCAUUCUUUUCACAUAUUUCCGAUUGACAAUGCGUUUUCCCAUCUUCCUUAUCACUUCAUUCUUCGCGCUGGUAGCAGCCUCGAAUGUUCCAUCCAAUGAUCUAUCUGAUCAGCCUCUACAGGGUAGCGACACUUUCACUAGCCCCAGGGAUGCCGACAUCGACAAGACAUGUAGACGCCUACGUACGUUGACACAGCUUAACAAGAUCGCACAUAACGAGACCCUCCUGGACACGAUAGACAUCCGCGACAAGCUCACUCAACAGCGUAUCGACUGGAUCAAAAGUAACAGUGCCGACAUCACGGCCAAACUAAAUGAGCUAACAUCCAACUCAACACUCGCGGCGGAAUGCGACACUAUCAAUGCGCAGCGCGAGACAGCUCGUCAAUGCAAGAUAUUGCAGAUGUUGGAAAGACUGGUAAAUUCAACAAACGGCCAGGAUGGUGUCGAUCGGGGACCUGCUGCCGACCUUUUUAGCGAUGAGCAGAAGCAGAACCUACAACAAAAGUUCGAGAAAGCGGAACUCAAGCUGCAGCAACUUAGGAGCAAUGCCACGUUGAUACGUCUCUGUCAAGGCGAUGUUGGGUUCCAGCAAAGUGGCGCCAUUGGAAGUCAAUUGGUGGACAACAGCGGCGCUAUCAGCAUGACGAAAAGUACUGCAAGCAGUCAGAGCAUCGGUGUAGAAGACAUCGAGAUGAUCAUGACGAGCAACAUCGAAUGCGCAUCCGUGCAUGAUACUCCCAUACCUAGUGGUAUGGCAACAUUCAACUUCGGCGACCCACCCCCGGGCCUUAACCUUAGCGAGUCACGGACAGUCGGAAACAGCGUUGUCGCAAUCAUCUUGUUUGUUCUUUCUGGUGCCUUCGUCGCACUGAGGCUGUUUACGCGCACAAAGUUGAAACGGGAACAGCUGGGAUGUGAUGACUACUUAAUCGUUGCCGGGUUGGCAUUGAACGCGGGAAAUCUUGCGUGCUGCAUUGCUGGCGGUUUCUUUGGUCUGGGCCGACAUAUCUGGUCGCUGGGGCCAGAGCAAAUGCGACAUAUCACUAUCAUCACCUUCGCAUACGUCUUUGUCUACGCUUGGAGUGUCUGCGUUAUCAAACUCUCCAUCCUCGCUUUGUACCGACGCAUCUUUGGUAUAAACAUGCUGGGCUGGUUCUGUGUUGGUAUGACGGCUGCCUACCUGAUCACGAACCACGUCGUCCUGCCAUUGUACACCCGACCGUUGAGCUACUACUGGGACCAAUGGAACGGGGCUCAAGGAGAGAUUCUCGUCAAUGAAGCGAAGUUCUACCUUGGCGCCGGCAUCUUCAAUCUCCUCGGUGAUGUAUGCAUACUCUGUAUACCAAUAUCUCACGUUGUCAAGUUGCAAAUGGAAAAAACACAAAAAGUGGCCAUCUGCUUUAUCUUCCUGCUCGGCAGCUUUCGUAGUGUGUGCUUUGCUUCGCUCUAUCGUAUUAUCACGAUCGUCCGAUUGAUGGCAGCGCAAGACAUCAGCUGGAAGAAGAGUGAUGUCUUCAUAUGGUCGUCCGUUGAGCCUUCUAUUGGUAUCAUCUCCGGGUGUCUCCCAACGCUUCAGCCUUUUUUCAUUCGUACGACGCACGCGUUGGCAGGCGCAUUCGGCGCUACACCAAGCCAUGUUCCGGAGCAGGAGGGCAUAGAGAGUCGUGAGACGGCGUCGAGAACCGUGAACGCUUGGACGGAACGCUGGGGGAGGACUCGUCCAGCCGAAGAGGAUUUGUGUUUGACUACGACAACAGUGUGUGGAUCUGCGAACGAGUGCGAUGGUAUCACCUGGCAAGACUUCAUCCUGGGACCUCAGGUUGAGAGGAGGAUAACUAUGACGCAUGAGUUUGUGAUGAACGAGAGCAUUCGAAGCCGCGGUAGCUAG